AUUCCAAAUUUCUAAAAGAAAAAAAUGGUAAAUUAAAAAAAAGAAAAGAAACGCUCAAGAAAAAGCAAUGUCUUUUAAAAGGAUGUUAGAACUGUUUGAUUCUAUGAAAUUAUCAUCAUCAUCAUCAUCACUUUCACAUAUACCCAUCAUCCAAGAACACCGCAAUCUUCUAGUAUUUCUUUAAGAUUCUCUCCAUUAAUAGCUACUUCUACUCCUCCUACAAUCCAUUUUCCCAACCAACCCACAUCUAUAAAUACCCAUUCUCUCCCUCUCUCUCUCUUUCUCUCUUUAUCUUUGCCAGCUUUCUUGCAUCCAUCGCUCAAAUCUUCAAUUUUUGGUCAUUCCAGUCAAUCUUUGUCUGUUCCUCGAUUCCUUGGUUUUCAAUUUCUUCGUAUCUUGAGUGGGUUCUUGAUUUUCUGAUUGGUUGGAUGAUGAGGAAGAGGGAGCGAGAGAACCCAUGUGGGGUUUGUGGCCACUAUCACAAGUACGAAGAAGGGGAAGUUUGUGGGAUUUGUGGACACCGGAUGCCGGAAUCUGCUCAGAAAUCUCCGCUGCAUGUUCGUGCUUUCCCUUCUGAGAUCCUGCCGGAGUUCCUCUAUUUGGGAAGUUACGAUAACGCAUCUCGCUCUGAGCUUCUCAAAGCCCAGGGGAUUUCUCGCGUUCUCAAUACAGUACCGGCUUGUCAAAAUCUUUACAAGAAUUCUUUCACCUAUCAUUGCCUCCAAGAUGACAAAACCUUACAAUUUGAUGAUGCAAAUCAAUUUUUAGAGCAAUGUGAGAAGGAGAAGGUUCGUGUUCUUGUGCACUGCAUGUCAGGAAAAAAUAGGUCUCCUGCUAUUGUGAUAGCUUACCUGAUGAAGUCUAGGGGAUGGAGGCUUGCACAAAGUUACCAGUGGGUGAAAGAGCGCAGACCAUCUGUUGACUUAAGCCAAGCUGUGUAUCAGCAGUUGCAGGAAUACGAGCAAAAAACUUUUGGGUCUUUUGAUGGCAACAACCCUGCCUCGCCAGUCUUCCCACCUGUAGGCACAUCAUUGGUUACCUUUGGGUUUCCAAAGGCUAAUGACCCAGUUCCCACUCCGGCUUUCAACAGCACCAACACUACCUCCAUUUUUACCCGACCUCUGGACGUUCCUCCACAGGCAUUCCAGUUUGGAUCUGGCCAUCCUCAACUUAGUCCAUCUGAGAACCCCUCCAUUGCCAGUGCACAGAACCCAAAUGGAGGAGACAUUUCAAUGGACUCAUGAAAUAUCCAGGCUUCACCCAACAAGAUGAAAGAGUUUUCAGAAGUUUCAAACUGCAUAUGACUUUUUCUUUGCAAUGUGGAAGUGUGGAACACUUUGUUUUUGCCUAAUCAUAUACAGGAGUGUUGAAUUUAAUUCAAAAGUAGAGCUUUCAUCAUCUAAUGUACUGUUGUAUUCUAUUUUUUUUUUCUUUUCUGCCUGCUAGUAUAGGAUGGAUGUUCUUUUUAUGAAUACAAGAAGAGGUGAAGGUGGCAUCCGCCACCUAUUUCAUACA